CCUGACACAUGCCAUCUGACCAUUUUUAUCUCUAGGUCCUUUACAGCUCCAACGCAUUUUGCCUUAGGAAUCAUCAUUGGAGUCUAGGUUUUUGGUUUAAAACCCCCACUUCAUCCGUGGGCCGAGCUCGUCCGCGGAGGAGCGGCCACCCCAGCCGCCAGCAGGAAGCGGCCGCCACGCCCCAAAGUGCCGCCAGCCCCGCCCGACCCGCUCUUCCGUUUCCGGUAGCGCGGCGCGGAGGUGGCGUCAUCUGCGAGUGGCCGGCCGGCCGCCAGCGCGAAGACGCGCGAUGUUGAGCCGGCUUCAGGAGCUGCGCAAGGAGGAGGAGACGCUGCUCCGGUUGAAAGCGGCCCUGCACGACCAGCUGAACCGGCUCAAGGUUGAAGAAUUGGCCCUCCAGUCAAUGAUUAGUUCUGGGAGAGAAGAUGAGAUGCUGUCUUCUCAACCUGCGCCUGAACAGUCACAUGAUCAGAUGUUGGUGCAUGUAGACAAUGAAGCAUCAAUCAACCAGACCGCACUGGAGUUGAGCACAAGGAGCCAUGUGCCAGAAGAGGAGGAGGAGGAGGAGGAGGAAGAAUCAGAUUCCUGAAGGGGAGAAGAGCCAGGGUAAAAUGCACAUCUGAACAGAGACAGGCAUGGGAAGUAGGCCCAGAAGCAACAUGGCAUGCUGCUGGGCAGGGGACUCGGCUCUUCCCCAAUGCUUAGAUGCCAGCCACGUGGGUGGGUGUGCUGGGCUGGUUAAGGCCGAUGGUGGAGCAGAGCCAACCUGCAAAAUCCACUUCCUCAGCAUCAGAUCUCUUGAUAAAAGCAUGAACCUGUGUGUGAGGAAAUGGACAGAAAGUGUAUUUAAAAACCAAGGAGGAAAAUUCAAGAAUCCUGGGUCUGGAGGUUGUGCUACAUUUGGAAGGUGCUCUGGGAGCCUGCCCUUGGCCAGUUGCAGGCCCAACCCCCUGGCUCUGCUGGUCUUACCCCUUCCCCAAGCCCGCUCUCUCUCAAAUGGAGACAGCAGCUCUGCCUGCAGUGCCUCGCAGCGUUGUUAAAGGAGCAAAGGAACUGAUGAACUUGAAAGCGCAUGUUAACGCUGACCAGGCUCUACAUGGCAUGUGAGUUCAGACAUUCAGUAUCCCACUCCUCCUCCUACCACCACCACCACCAUGUAGGAGACAAAGUUACUUGGUGAGGGUACCGAAUCUAAGAUAGUACUACAAAAAGGCCCUGUCCCCUUGCAGGGGUGGGCUGGCCCUUUUCCCUGGACUCCCUCUGGCUGCAGGGUCAUCCCGGCUUUUCCAUUAAACUGAUAGGAGGACAGGGGAGAUAUGUUGGGUAUCCUGCAGGCCCCUGAUCAGCUGGACUACAGUGGUCAAGGCAGAGCAGGGUAUGGGCUCUGGAAAUACUGGAUAGAUGACUGACAGAGGAGAACAAAUGAGUAAGCAGGUGGCAGUGUAAGAAUCUGAAAUAAAUGACUUACCAUGAGUUGCUUCAAAUCUGCUCUCUCUGCAGGGUUUUUUAUUAAGCUUAAAGGAAGAAAGAGUGUGAGAGCUCUUGCUUGGCACUGGUUCUAAUUCUACUUACAUGUGCAUGCAUGCCCGUCCUCCCCACACCCCAUAGGCUCUGAGGAAGAGUGCCUAAGCCUUACCCACCUUCCUGUUCUUAGCAGAGUGUCACACCCACAGCAGGUUAAUAAACGCUUGUUGAAUUAAACUAAGGCCAAAAGGCAAUAUGCCAGUCCCUUUACAAUAAGUGCUGAGCGCAGCAGCUGUUUUGCCCACUGCUAGAGUCAGAUAGGUCACCGACGUCCUAGCACUCUGGAUGAAGGGCAGCAGCUAAAGGGUAAAAGGCAAAGCUGUGCUCUCCAAGAUGGAUGCGGAGCCUGACAAAACCAAAGUACUUUCAGAGAACAGGAGGUGACUUACCAUUUAUUCACAAAGUCUUGAAAUUCCAGACUGAAUACUCCACUGGGCAAUUUUGGAGGAGGCUGCAAGUACAUGUGAAGACAUAAGAAAUGCCCAGUGUCCUGCUCCACCAUCUCUCCCUUCCCCACUCCCACCUCUGGGCGGUGCUGCCCUUAUCCAGUCAAGGAAAGGCACGGGUGAGAGGCCAAUGGCUGCUACCGGGUUACCCUGUUGGAACCAUCAAUCUCAAACCAGUCGGAACUGGGGCCAGGUCAGUGUUCUGAGCACUCACUUGUCUAGUGACUGAAUAAAUCACUGUUCCUCUCUGAGCCUCAGAUGACCCUUCUGUGAAACGAGGAGGUUGGGCUUAACAAUCCCUGGGGCUCUUUUUAGCUCGGAGGCUCUACCACUGUACAUCUUGGAGUGUGGCAGGGAAACAGAACCAUCAAUUACCAGGAACAG